CUUAAUUUGUGCUUGUUUAAUUGAUUAGAUGAUCAACUAAUUAAUAUUAGUUUUUUUCCACCAAACUAGUAACUUCAUUUCUAUAUUGAAUGUUAAAUGUUUUAACUUAAUUACAAGAAUUCGUGUCGUUUUUCUUUUAUAAAUUUAUUUCGUUUGUCAACUUAUUAUAAAUUUUGCUUACUUGGUUUUUUUCUCGUUUUUUUUUGUCACUAGAACAUUUAACAUGAAAAUUGUUUAUCACAGGAAGAAAACAUUUAAACAAUAAUAUAAUUAUUGAAAAAUUAUAAUAUUAUUCAUCAUGUUAACAACUGCAUUAAAUUUUCUUACUGAUAAACGUAAACGAUUUCAUCGUUCGGAUACAAUGCCAGCUUUUACAAAUGAUUCAAAUUUCUUUAAAUUAACUUCAGAUAAUCAAAUUAUUGAGAUGGACAAACAUUCAAAUGUAGAUAAAGAAAGUGAUGAACAUGACAAUGAUGAUGAUAAUAUUAAUACUACUUACAGUAAUGAUGAUGGAAUAACUUUUACCAAUAUUCCCAAAAGAAGUAAUAAUCAUUAUCAAGGUGAAAUAUUAUUGGACAAAAGUAUUUGUUAUCAAGAUGAUUUACCAACAUCAUCAUCAAGAAGUUAUGCAAACGAAAAACUAUUUGAAAAUACAGAUGCGAAUGAUGCAGAUGAUGAUGAUGAUGAUGACGAUGAAGGUGGUGAUGAUAAUGAAUGCAAUACUAGUCUUGUAAAUUUUCCUUCAUUUACAUUAAAUGAUAAACAUUCUAUAGAAAGUAUAAAAAUACCAUAUAAACAGCAUUUAUCAGUUGGUAACUUAGAUAAAUAUCAAUUUUUAGAUCUCGAAACAAAUUUAUAUCGUCAUGGUAAAAAUCAUUUGAAUAAUCCUAUUAAUGAAAUCAUUCCACGUCGUUUAUCUCAUGGUUAUAGUCUAAGUAAUGUACAAAUUCUAUCAGAUAAUACAAGUUUAAAAAGUGAUGUUUCAUCAUCAGUUACUUAUUCAAAAAAGACAUUCAGUGAUACACAUCAUAUUACUAAAAAUAAAAAAAUAAAUCAUUCAUUUAAAUGUAGAAAAUUUGAAAGUACUAAAUCUUUACGUUUUCCAACUGAAUUAAAAGAAUCUCAUAUUUUUAUUUCUGGUGAUUCUAAUACAGAACAAAUUAUAGAAUCACCUAUUAAAUUAUCAAAUAAAUCAAAAGUUGCUAAAAUACGUGCAAGAGCAGUUGCUAAAGCAGCAAAAGGUAAAUUAAAACGUUCAAAAAGUAGUGUAUAUAUGUCAAAAUAUAUUCAAGAAUUAAAUUCAGAAGAUAAUACUACUAGUACUAAUAAUAAUAAUAUAAGAGGACGUUCAUCUAGUACACAUCGUAAUAUUGAUAUAAAUCAAUUAUCUGAUAAUAAAAUACAUUCUAAUUUAGUUAAAAAUUGGAUUGAUAAAACUCCACGUUUACGUACAGAUAUCUCAUCACAAAAUCUUAUAAAUACAAAUAAUAUUUAUGAUACAAUAAAUAUAAAUGAAUAUUUUGAAGAACUUGUAAAUAAAUCUAAUACAUAUAAAUUUCAAAUUAUAAAUGCACAAAAUUAUUCUAAUUCACAUAAUGAAAUUACUGAUACUAUUCAUGAAAUAAAUGAUAAUAAUAAUAAUAAUAAUAAUAACAAUGAUAAUAAUAUCAAUAAUAAUAAUAAUAAUAUUAAUGAUGAAAAUAUCACUAUUUCAAAUAAUAAUUCUAUAGCAAAAAUUUUAUUUAAUCGUAAUUAUACUAGUACAAUACAUAAUAUAAAUAAUAUAAAAUCAAAUCGUUAUUCAGUUGUUAAAAAAUUACGUAGAAAUAAUUCAAGUAUUACAUAUUCUAAUGAUCAAUUAAUUAUAAAAUCAAAUAAUAAUCAUAAUAAUCAUACAAUUAUAUCAACGAAUUCAACAGCUGGUGAUUUAUUACUUCCUAUAAAUAAUUAUUCAUUAAAUACAAUAUAUAAUAAUAAUAAUAAUAUAAUAGAUAAUGAUAAUAAUUUAAUUAAAAAUUUAAUUGAACAAUUAUUUCUAAUCAUAAAACAUAAUGAUUAUAAUCAAUUUUUUAAAUUAUAUAAACAAUAUAAAAAAUUAAAUAAUAAACAAUUAAAACAAAUUCAUAUAGCAACUAAUCAAUAUGGUUUAACAUUAUUAGAUUAUGCACAAAUUAAUUCAUCAUUAAUAUUAUUAUCCUAUUUAUUAGUAUGUGAAUUUUUACCAGGAUCUAUUAUUCAAUCCAUAUUAUAUUGUAAACCAAAAUAUUAUCAUUUACAAAAAAUUAAUAAAAUUGGUAAAUAUUUAGAAAAUUUAUUAGAUGAAAAAGAAAUUCAAUUAACUAAAUGUAAAUUAGAUACAAACAAUACAAUUACAUAUAUGAAUCAAUUAACAAUUAGUGACAAUACUAAAUAUAGUAGUAGUAGUAGUAAUAUUAAUAGUAAUAAUAAUAGUAAUUUAAUACAAACCAAUAAUCAACAAAAUAAUGAACAAAUAAAUAACACAAUGAUAUAUGCUGAAAUUUCAAUGAAAGAAAAACAAUUACAAUUAAUUAUAGAUGAAUAUGAAUAUUUAACUAAACUUAUUAAUAAUUAUAAUAAAUUACCAAAAUAUACUAAACCACCAAAUAAAGUGAAUAUAUUUUUAAAUUCAUCAAAUUCUAUAUUAAUACGAAUAAGUCCACCAAAAUAUAAUCAAUUAAAUGAUAAUAAUUAUGAUGAAAAUUCUUUCAAUGAUACUACUAAUACUACUGCUAAUAAUAAUAAUAAUAAUAUUCAUCAUGAUAAUGAAUUAGAUCAUAGUUCAUGUGAAUCAACUGAUAUAGAAUUUAUACAUGAUUCAAUAAAUGAAGGACGUAAAAUUAAUAAUGUAUAUAAUAUUUAUUCAAAUAAUUUUAUUCUACGUUAUUGUAUAGAAUGGUCAACAUGUCCAAAAUUUUCUAAUACUAAUGAAGUAUAUUAUUGUUUAGUACAACCACCAAUUCGUAUAAUUAAACCAAAUAUAAAUAAAUUAAAAGAAAAUCAAUAUAAUCUUUUACGUGUAGGAUUUUAUUGUUUAAAUAAUUUACCUGAAAAUAAAAUGAUAUUUAUACGUGUAUAUGCAUUUUCUAUACAAGGAUGGUCUGAACCAUGUUAUGCUUAUCCUAAUGGAAUAGUAUUAUCAUCAUGGAUUAGUAAUAAAUUAUGUGAACAAUAUAAUAUUACAAUACAACGUGAAAAUUCAAUUUUACCAUAUACAAAAUAUGUUGGUUGUGCUUUAGAUAAACAAAUUGAUACAUAUAAAAAUGAUUUAUAUAAACAAUUAUAUUCAUGGACACAACAUUUAUCAAUUAAUUCAAAUAUUAAUUAUAAUACUAUAUCUAAUAAUAUAUCAAUAAAUAAUUUAGAUGAAACAAAUAAAAGAACACGAUCACCAUUAUUACAAAGAAAACGUUCAUUUAAAUUUCCUUUUAUAAAUAAAGGUUUAAAAUUUGUUAAACAAACUAAAUCUGGUAUUUAUUUAGCUAUAAUAUAUCAUACACCAAUUCAUUCAAUAACAUCUAAUAAUAAUAAUAAUAACAAUAAUAAUGAAUCUAAUAAAUUAAAAUAUAAAUCAAAAAUUUUAUUAGCUGAUGAUUCUAUACCAAUAAUAAAUAUAACACGUGAUGAUUAUACAAAUGAAUCAAUAUUAAAUUCUGAUUUUAAUUGGUUACAACGUAUUAUAUCUGAUUCAUUAUUUGAUAUGAAUUUACAAUUUUUAUAUAAUCAUAUACCAUAUACAUCAUUUCCAACAAAUUUACAACUUCGUAUUAAAUUAUUAGAAAUAUUACAAAAAUUAAAAUUAUUAUUUAAUAUAAAAAAUCUUGGUAUUAUUUAUCCAGAAAUAAUACGUAUACGAUCUAUUGAUCCUAAUUUAAUUCAUUUAAAAUCAAUAAAAUAUGAAAAUUCUAAUAUACAAGAACAAUUGAAUUCAUCUAAAUUAUCAACGGAUACAAAUGAUUCAAUUAUAACAAAUACAAAUUAUGAAAAUUAUUUUAAAUCAACAUCUACAUUUUUAUUUAUAUUACUUAAAAAAAUUAAUCAUUCUAAUGAUAUUUUAUUAAAUAAUAAUUUAAAAUGGUGUAAUAUUGAUAAAUUUUUAAAACAAAAUAAAAUUAAAUUAAAUCAAUUUUAUGAAAUUCAAUCAAAUAUUGAUUAUAUAAAUUAUAAUAUUAUGACAAAUAUAACAAAAAAUCUUUUAUUAUCAACAAUAUAUUCACAUUUAUUAACAAUACGUGAUAAUCAUAUAUAUAUGUUACCUGAAUCACAACUUAUUAUUAAUUUAGAUAUAUUAUUAAAUUAUUCUGAACGUAAUAAAUAUAUAUUAGAUCCAGGAUUAUAUAUUGUAUAUUUACAAAUGAAAGCAAAUAUGGAUCAACAAGCAUUAAUAUUAAUAUCUAAUACAUCAUCUAUAAUACAUAUGUUACCAUAUGAAAAAAUACGUAAUAGAUCACAUGUAAGUAUGGAUGAAUGGUAUAGUUUAUGUAGAUUAAUUGAAAAAACAAAUGAAAAAUCUGAAAAUAAUUUUAUUAAUUUAAAAUAUUCAAUAAAACGUUUUAUAAUACAAUUUAUAAAAUCAAUAAUUAAAUUAACAAAACGUUUAUGUUAUAAUAUAAAUGAUAUCAAAAUGUUACGUAUAUUUUUACCAGAAAUAAUUAAAAUAUCACCAGUACAUUCAUUUAUAUUAUUAUUACCACCAAUAGAUCAAGUAUGUUUACCUCCAACAUCAACAAUAUUACCACCAAUUAAUUGUUCAUGGAUAUCAAUGACAUAUUUUGAAAGACAUUUAGGUAUUAAUUAUGAUCCAUUAUUUCAUAAACCAAUACAACAUUUAAUAUCAUUUUUAGAAUUAAUAAUUCCAUUAUCACAAUUUGCUCAAAGACAAUGUUUAAAAGAAUCUGAUUUAAUACAAUUAACUGAACGUACUCAAUCAUUACAAACUAUUCAAACAAAUUUAGAAAAUAUAUAUCAAACUAAAAGAUGGUUAAGUGAAACAAUUUCAAUUGGACGUGAUCGUAAAAAAAUGUAUAAUUAUCAUAUAACUAUAGAACAAAUUAUAAAUGAAUAUAGUGACAUUUUAAAACCUUAUUUAAUAAAAUCAAAUUUAAAUGAUGAAACAAUUAAUUUCAAUAUAUUAUUACAAAAUGAUAGAUCGACUAUGGUAAAUAAUAAUGAAAAUACAAUCAAACCUAGAUCAUCAUCUGUACAUAGUGAGUUAUUUGAUACAACUGUUAUUUCUGAACGAAUAGAUAGAAGUACAUUACCAUGUUCACCAACUGAAUCAAAACAUAUUGGAAAGACAUCAGUAAUACAUGUUUAUGCAGAUUAUCCAACAGGACUUACACCUGGAGUAUCAGUACGCCUCUUAAUCAAUAUGCGUACAACAGUUGGUGAAGUAAUUGAUACUGUAGUAAAACAAUUAUUAGAAACUGCAGAUAGAAAAAAUUUUACAGUAACUGAAAAUAAUGAUUCACCAUCUGCAUUAUAUUCUUUUGACUUUACACGAACUAAUAUAAAACAAAAUUUAGAAAAUCAUUUAUUUUGUUUAACUGUAUCCGUUGGUCAACUAGAACGUUGUUUACCAAACACUGUACGUUUAGCUUUACUUAGAAGACCAUGGAGAUUUGGAAAAUUAACAAUUCGUCUACUUAGUGAUUUAUCAGAAGAUAUUCGACAUCAAAUAUCUUUAAAUACUGUUGAAUCUAAAAAUUCUGGUUUAUCCGAUCAAAUUGUAUCUCCUUUAUUGACAGUUACUCUUGUUAAACCUAAUUUAAAACAGGCUAAUAUUAAUUCACCUCCAGAGAUUUUACAUUAA